AUAAUUUCAUGGGAGUUGCAAACUGCACGGGAUUGCAGUUAAAAUGGGCUGGUUCAAAGAGAGAGGUUGAGAGGGGAGCAGGCAAAGGGCUGAAUGACAGUGAUGUUGACAUUGAGGACCAAACCCAGUGACCCCGCGUGGUUGUUCCGUCACGUGCCUCCCAGAGCGGAGCGAUGACGUCGACAAUAAGGCACGCGCGGUCCUGACCGUUACAAUUCAAACGGCGUCGCGCGGCCGCCGAGCGAGGCAUCGAUUCCGCGAGCCGGCGCCGGUCACCCAUCCUCGGACCAACUACUCCAAGUGAAUCCAACUCUUGAUUUAAAAGAACUGGUGAAAUUAUUCUAUUUAAACAAAGGAUGAAUCUGGAUUUACAUACAUUUAUGCAAAUGCUUCUUCAGCCAACCAAGACAAUGAGUCAACUAACAUUGAAUGUGAACCAGCUCAUCUCGAAGUAGAAACAGGACCUGUGAUAAAUAAUGCACUUAUCACCAGUUAUGAGUCUACACCUCAACAACAAUUCAACAGCCCUUCAGCUUUGGCUCAAGGACAGAGAUCCAAAGAUGAUUUUCGCACCACUAAACAAAUAUCUGCUCACAAAAACCAACUCAUGUCACGUAAAUCAGAAUCAGUUCCAGAGACGUUCUCGGUUCAUCGUUUUCCUUCACCAGGCACAGCAGUGAACCAGAAAGUUGUUCCUGUGGCACACAGAACAGUUCCAGUUCACACUGAGGCAAUUCCAACCCAUACUGAGCACACCUCAGCCCUGUAUUCUGAUGGGUCAACUCUGAAUAGUUACAAACAACUUUUAUUUACUCUUGGAAGAGUUUCAAAAGCAGCAUCAGCUGAAAUGGAACUUUGUCAGACAGACUCACCAGUGUACAUGAUUGACAUGACAACAGGUGACCAUAGAAACCAACCUGAGAAAUGUAAUUCUGGUGAACACUUUUCAGUCCUCAAAACUAGGAAAACCAAGAAUGAAAAGCUGGGAAGUUUUUUGUACGCCAAGAAAAUAGAUGUGAAUGAAAAAGAUAUAAAGAAGAUGGAAAUCCAGAAGGAACUUGGAGUUAAUGCUGUAAAUGAAAUAGAGGAAAUGGAUUCUAUAUCAUCCUCUUCUCAAAAUGAAAAUAUAUUAAGACACCACGCUGCAACUUCAGAAAAUGAGGGUUCUGCUUACCACAAUUACAGGCAUGUUCCAGAUUCUCACAUGGAUGUACAACGUUUUGAUUCAGAAACUCAGCAGGAAGUACUUAAUGCCUUAACUGAAAUUUUUCAUAAGGUAUAUGUACGACUUGGCACAUUGGAGUUCCAAGUGCAAAAUCUGGUGAAUCGUUUUGAAAGCCUGAGCACAACUGUAAACGAGAUACAUUCUGCAAUGAACAUCAAUCCGUCAGGUGAUUCAGUUCAUUCAGAUACUUUUCCACAGUAUGAGAAUUAUUUCCAUAGUUCUACAUGAAACAUACUUCUGUACCCUUAUUAGAGUAACAGACACUUAGCAAAGGUUAGGACACAAAAUUAAAUUGAAACUCUCUGCUUAAAAAUGGAUUUGAAAUUGAAUGUUUUUUUUAUUAUACAAUCCAUUUAUUAAUGUUCUAUUUGGCAGUACUACUUUGAUUUUAAAUUAAAGGUAAUCAUUUUAAGAAUUACUUAGCUCAGGAAUUUGCUGAUAAGGAAUUCUAAGUACUUAGUGUUUUAUAAAAUUUAGUUAUGUAUUACACUUGGUGUUUGACUUAACUUUAAACAAUUUGUACUUUCUUUCCCAGUCUUAGUCAGUGAUAAACAUCAAUUAGCGAUUGAUGCAUAGUUCAUUAGGUGGCUAGCUAGAACUCAUUGCCUGGUCAGCUAGGGCUGACUUGCUAUUAUUAAAACAAUGGAUUUUCCUAAUGGAUGGAGGGGAGCUUGACAGAGAACAAUUUUGAUGGUGUACUAAACUCAGGAGUUUGACAGUGAGGGAGAAGCCACCAUUCCAGUUUUUUACAAUGUUGAUGGCAGGGCAGGUGAUGUUUUGCAGCUAUAAUGUAUGGAAAUUGGUGGACACCAGUGUAUCCUUGGCAAUCACCCUGCAACUCAAAUACUUUAUGAGCUAGAGUCAAAGCUUCAAAUACUGACACACUGGGGAGAAAUAUGUUACCUGGAUG